AUGCUCACCAGCCGCAAUUUUGGCGCUGGCAGUGGAGACAUCACAAGUUCAAACCAUGACCUCAGCAUUUGGCCAAACAACGUCGAACGGCCCUCGCCGCACCGCGCGACUCCCCGCACCGCGCGACCCCCCGCUCCGCUACGAGUCCCCGCUCCGCUGCGACUCCCCGCUCCGCUACGACUCCGCUACGCUGCGACUCCCCGCUCCGCUGCGACUCCCCGCACCGCUCCGCUGCGAGUCCCCGCUCCGCUACGACUCCCCGCUCCGCUGCGACUCCCCGUUCCACUGCGAGUCCCCGCUCCACUGCGAGUCCCCGCUCCGCUGCGACUCCCCGCUCCGCUGCGAGUCCCCGCUCCGCUGCGACUCCCCGCUCCGCUGCAACUCCCCGCUCCGCUGCGACUCCCCGCUACGCUGCGAGUCCCCGCUCCGCUGCGACUCCCCGCUCCGCUGCGACUCCCCGCUCCGCUGCGACUCCCCGCUCCGCUGCGACUCCCCGCUCCGCUGCGACUCCCCGCUCCGCUGCGAGUCCCCGCUCCGCUGCGAGUCCCCGCUCCGCUGCGAGUCCCCGCUCCGCUGCGACUCCCCGCUCCGUUGCGACUCCCCGCUCCGCUGCGACUCCCCGCUACGCUGCGAGUCCCCGCUCCGCUGCGACUCCCCGCUCCGCUGCGACUCCCCGCUCCGCUGCGACUCCCCGCUCCGCUGCGACUCCCCGCUCCGCUGCGACUCCCCGCUCCGCUGCGAGUCCCCGCUCCGCUGCGAGUCCCCGCUCCGCUGCGAGUCCCCGCUCCGCUGCGACUCCCCGCUCCGUUGCGACUCCCCGCUCCGCUGCGACUCCCCGCUCCGCUGCGACUCCCCGCACCGCGCUCCGCUACAACUCCCCGCACCGCGCUCCGCUGCGAGUCCCCGCUCCGCUGCGACUCCCCGCUCCGCUGCGACUCCCCGCUCCGCUGCGACUCCCCGCUCCGCUGCGCACCGCGCUCCGCUGCGACUCUCCGCACCGCGCUCCGCUACGACUCCCCGCACCGCUACGUCUCCCCGCAACGCGCGCCGCUACGACUGCCCGCUCCGCUACGACUCCCCGCACCGCUACGGUUCGCCCACCGCUACGACUCCCCGCUCCGCUGCGAGUCCCCGCUCCGCUGCGAGUCCCCGCUCCGCUGCGAGUCCCCGCUCCGCUGCAACUCCCCGCUCCGCUGCGACUCCCCGCUCCGCUGCAACUCCCCGCUCCGCUGCGACUCCCCGCUCCGCUGCAACUCCCCGCUCCGCUGCGAGUCCCCGCUCCGCUGCGAGUCCCCGCUCCGCUGCGAGUCCCCGCUCCGCUGCGAGUCCCCGCUCCGCUGCGAGUCCCCGCUCCGCUGCGACUCCCCGCUCCGCUGCGACUCCCCGCUCCGCUGCGACUCCCCGCUCCGCUGCGACUCCCCGCUCCGCUGCGACUCCCCGCUCCGCUGCGAGUCCCCGCUCCGCUGCGAGUCCCCGCUCCGCUGCGAGUCCCCGCUCCGCUGCGAGUCCCCGCUCCGCUGCGAGUCCCCGCUCCGCUGCGACUCCCCGCUCCGCUGCGACUCCCCGCUCCGCUGCGACUCCCCGCACCGCGCUCCGCUACAACUCCCCGCACCGCGCUCCGCUGCGAGUCCCCGCUCCGCUGCGACUCCCCGCUCCGCUGCGACUCCCCGCUCCGCUGCGCACCGCGCUCCGCUGCGACUCUCCGCACCGCGCUCCGCUACGACUCUCCGCACCGCUACGUCUCCCCGCAACGCGCGCCGCUACGACUGCCCGCUCCGCUACGACUCCCCGCACCGCUACGGCUCGCCCACCGCUACGACUCCCCGCUCCGCUGCGAGUCCCCGCUCCGCUGCGAGUCCCCGCUCCGCUGCGAGUCCCCGCUCCGCUGCGAGUCCCCGCUCCGCUGCGACUCCCCGCUCCGCUGCGACUCCCCGCUCCGCUGCGACUCCCCGCUCCGCUGCGACUCCCCGCUCCGCUGCGACUCCCCGCUCCGCUGCGACUCCCCGCUCCGCUGCGAGUCCCCGCUCCGCUGCGAGUCCCCGCUCCGCUGCGAGUCCCCGCUCCGCUGCGACUCCCCGCUCCGCUGCGACUCCCCGCUCCGCUGCGACUCCCCGCACCGCGCUCCGCUACAACUCCCCGCACCGCGCUCCGCUGCGACUCCCCGCUCCGCUGCGACUCCCCGCUCCGCUGCGACUCCCCGUCCGCUGCGCACCGCGCUCCGCUGCGACUCUCCGCACCGCGCUCCGCUACGACUCUCCGCACCGCUACGUCUCCCCGCAACGCGCGCCGCUACGACUGCCCGCUCCGCUACGACUCCCCGCACCGCUACGGCUCGCCCACCGCUACGACUCCCCGCUCCGCAACGACUUCCCGCUCCGCUACAACUUCCCGCACUGCGUGCCGCUACGACUCCCCGCACUGCUACGACUCCCCGCACCGCGCAACUCGCCUCAACUCGCGAUUCCCCUCCCCGUGACUCCCCGCGUGACUCGCCGCUCCGCCGCGCCAUGA